AUGGUGAGCAGUGGCUGCUCGUCCCCAUGUGAAGUGUCCUGUCCCCAGCCCUAUGCUGACGCCUGGAACCAGCCCUGUGUCACCUCCUGCGGGGACUCCCGGGCUGUGGUCUACCCUCCACCCGUGGUCAUCACCUUCCCAGGGCCCAUCCUCAGCUCCUUUCCUCAGGAGAGCAUCGUGGGCACGUCCUUCCCGUCAGGGGCCAUGGGAUCUUCUGGGUCCGGGGGCUCCAUUGGGGGAUCCUACGGAGGGGGCAGCGGCUCCAUGGGGGGAAUUGGGGGAUCCCUUGGAGGCGGUUCCAUGGGUGGCUCCUACGGCGGUGGUUCCAUGGGUGGAUCCUAUGGAGGUGGUUCCAUGGGGGGAAUUGGUGGAUCCCUUGGAGGUGGUUCCAUGGGGGGAAUUGGGGGAUCCUAUGGAGGUGGUUCCAUGGGGGGAUCAUGUGGUGGCGGUUCCAUGGGUGGCUCCUACGGAGGGAGCAGAUCCUUUGGCUCCGGGGGCUCCUAUGGAGGGAGCAGAUCCUUCGGGGGCAGGAGAUCCUUUGGGGGCUCCUCGGGCGGUGGCUUUGGGGGCUCCUGCGGCGGGGGCAGCUCCUUUGGGGGCGGCUCCUGCGGAGGGGGAUCCUACGGAGGGGGCAGCUCCAGCUCCAGGAGGUUUGGAGGAGGAAACUGCGGCUUCUAUUAA